AGUGUCGUCAAAGUGGUAUCCGAAUGUCAUCCAGUCAGCAGCUGCCUCAAAACAGCCAAGUGAUGGCCAUGCAGCAGUCCCAGGCAAUGGCACAGCAGAAUCCUCAGCAGGCUCAAGAUCCUAAGCUAGACAUCAUAUCCCAAACCAAGCUCCUUGUGACAAAAUUGAAAAUGACCCUGUCAGAGACAAUGAAGACUGCUGCCCAGGCCAUUAACUAUAAUGGAAAGAUUGACAAUGGCACUCUGAAGUCUAUGGACCCAAUGGCCCCUGAGUUUGUGAAGAACUUGGAGAAGUUCCUGUCCAUCUGUGAUCUCAUCGAGCUUAAUCUGAAGACGGCGCUGGAGUGCAGUGCCCAGAUGUCAGCGAGCCAGCGGUACACGCCGUUGCCAGUGACGGGCGCACGCUCCGACCUGCCCAGCGCCGACGGCCUCACCUACAACCAGUACAUCGGCACUGUGCGCACCCAGAUCCAGGCGGCCGAAGAGGUGCGCAAUAUGCUGCAGGAGUUGGCCCGCCAGACGGCGCCACAGAGCGCUGACACCCAGUCGUGAUAUUCGGCCGACGAGCCUGCCGGCUGGAGCCAGAGGCUCGACACCAGAUGAGGCCCGACCGACUGAAGCCGAGGACUGGCCUUCAGACGAGGCUCUGCGGGCUGUGGUCCGGCACGGCAGCCGGACAGACGUCAGAGGCCGAGCUGAGCAGUGCCCGUGCCUUGGUGCACGCCCCCUCCCCCCGCCGCAGGAGCGUCGCGCGCCGGUCCGCGGGCCGUGGUUUGUCGGCCCGGCCCUGGUGACGGCGGCUGCCGGCCGAGCCGGGCAGCGUGAGCGUGUCGGGACGCGUCUUGCAGUUGACCUAAGGCGCGAGGCCGGAUGCUGGCCGGUGACGUCGACCGCCGCCGAUGGGACGCCUUGUCAGCGGCGUCCGAUCGCGGCCGCCGUUCGCUGCGGAGACUGCGCCGCCGCUGUCCUCCGUACUGCCUGGGAGGCGAUAGCGCGGAGGGCUGGUCUGGCUGCCUAGGUCGGUGAAAUGCUCGCGCGUGCGGUGACCUUCCCCACCAGUGCACGGGACGUUUUCUCUGACAGCUAUAGAGGGCGUGUGUGCGACAGGUGUGGACUAUUUUAUAUACUUGAUGUGUUUCGCCACUGCGUGAGUUAGUAGUGCCCAGUCCUCAGUGUCGGUCGCAGUCGUUUUUCCUUUGUUCGAAGCCGGCCGCUGACCUGACUGGCACUGGAAGCUGUGACAGAGUCUCCUCACGCUCCACCGGCAUCGGCACGAGGCUCCUCCACGAGACAGACAGACUUUGUGAAACUCUGUUCGCGUUACCGCGAGACCUCGCUGAAAGCCCGGUCCAGUGGCUGACCGCGUACUGACCGCGAUGAAGUACUGACCCAAUCGUCUGAAUUCCUGGUUGAGGAGCGGGAACAGACCGGGACGGCCACAUCGUUCGAAAUGUACCAUGUCCGCAAGGCGCAAGCUCAAUCCCCGGCUAUCCGUAGCUAGCUCCCUCUCUCAUACAUCUGAGCCGAGGCCAGGCACACGAUGCCGCAGGAUUUCGUGGGCCAGUUCGCGUUCGACGGUCCCUCGCGAAAAUAGACUGAUUGGAACAAGGUCAGUAGCUCGAACAUAGGAAAACCACCAGCUUUCAAGCGACAAAACCUACCAAUAUAUUCGUGUAUUACAUGAUGCCACGAGCAAGCGGUCGCAAACAGUACGUUAAAAGUGCCCAGUGCCAGACGGAACGCGCACGAGCGGCGCCACACACUUUCUUCACCGGAAACACCACAUUCCCACAGACGCGUGCAAAACAAAUCACUUUGCACGCAGAGCAUUGGCCACACGCUGGCGGCAUAGCUCAUUGGCAGAAAGAAGAGCACUUCACAAAUGAAUGCCAUUGGUGCCCAUUACAGCAGCUGUUGAAGAUCCUGAGCUCAGUGUUAUCGAAUAUCACAUGUUUUAGAAUACCAUGUCUUCUACGAUGCACCGAGCGAGAAUACACGUACCAACACCA